AUGGCGCUCGGGCUGCUCAUCGCCGUGCCGCUGUUGCUGCAGGCAGCGCCUCCCGGUGCCGCGCACUACGAGAUGAUGGGUACCUGCCGCAUGAUCUGCGACCCGUACACAGCCGCACCCGGCGGGGGGCCUGCGGGAGCCAAGGCACCGCCGCCCGGACCCAGCACCGCGGCCCUGGAAGUCAUGCAAGACCUCAGCGCCAACCCUCCUCCCCCCUUCAUCCAGGGACCUAAGGGCGACCCGGGGCGACCGGGCAAGCCAGGACCAAGGGGGCCCCCUGGAGAACCGGGGCCCCCUGGACCCAGGGGUCCCCCGGGAGAGAAGGGCGACUCGGGGCGGCCAGGGCUACCGGGGCUGCAGCUGACUGCGGGCACGGCGGGCGGCGUCGGGGUGGCGGGCGGCGGUGCCGGGGGCGGCGGCGACUCGGAGAGCGAGGUGACUAGCGCGCUGAGCGCCGCUUUUAGCGGCCCAAAGAUCGCCUUCUACGUUGGUCUCAAGAGCCCGCACGAAGGCUACGAGGUCCUCAAGUUCGACGACGUGGUCACCAAUCUCGGCAAUCACUAUGACCCCACUACAGGCAAGUUUAGCUGCCAGGUGCGCGGUAUCUACUUCUUCACCUACCACAUUCUCAUGCGUGGAGGCGACGGCACCAGUAUGUGGGCGGAUCUCUGCAAGAACGGACAGGUACGAGCCAGCGCCAUCGCGCAGGACGCGGACCAAAACUAUGACUACGCCAGCAACAGCGUGGUGCUGCACCUCGACUCAGGAGAUGAGGUGUAUGUGAAGCUGGACGGCGGGAAGGCGCACGGAGGAAACAACAACAAGUACAGCACCUUUUCGGGCUUUCUUCUGUACCCGGACUAG